AUGAAGUCACUUUGCCGAGAGUGUCUCCCCGCCUGGCCCCUUUAUAAACUGGCAUCCUCCCUCAGGGCACCAGCAAGAUGGGCCUACUCUGGACCCCAUUCUCCCUUUUUGCUCCUCUUCCUUGGGAAGCCAGCCUGCCUGAGGACCCAGGGCCACCCCAGCUGCCCAGCGUCUAGGGAACUGGAAGCCAGCAAAACUGUCCUCCUGCCCAGUUGUCCUGGAGCCCCAGGAAGUCGUGGAGAGAAAGGCGCUGCAGGCCCUCAAGGGCAACCUGGACCACCUGGCAAGAUGGGCCCCAAGGGUGAGCCUGCUGAGUGCCCCAGAAGCUGCCAGGAGCUGCUGAGCCGGCGUGCCACGUUGAGUGGCUGGUGCUGUCUAUGCCUACUCGAGGGCAGCCUCCCGGCUUGUUGUGACAAGGACACCAAAGAAGUCGGGGGCUGGCUCUUGUUCCAAAAGCAACAGGAUGGUCCUGUGGGUUUAUUCUGCUCUUGGUCUUCUUACAAAGCCGGUUUUGGAACCGAGUCUGAAUUCUGGCUGGGGAAUGAGAAUUUGCGCCAGCUCGCUUUUCAGGGUAAUUGGGGGGGAGGGGGGGAGCUGGAGGACUUUAUUGGCAACCACACUUUUGCCCACUCUGAGGCCUUCCGCCUCGUUGGGGAGGCAGAUCACUACCAGCUGGUGCUGGACAAAUUCUCAGAGGGCAUGGCAGGGGACUCCCUGAGCUCCCACUACAGGAAGCCCUUUACCACCCACAAUGCGGACCACCAUGCAGAGCAGCAGCCUGUGCUGAUUGUCCACGGUGCCAGGUGGGACAGAUCACGCUACCAGGCCAACUUCAGUGGGUGCUACGCAGUGUCUGAGGCCACAGCUCCCAAGUAUGUCAUCGACUGCGCCUCAGGCCAGGGCGUGGGCCACCCUUACCGCAAGGUUCACAAAAUGCUCACUAGGAUACCCUGGCAGCCGGUCCUCUUAUCUCUCCCGUUCAGCUCCCGGACCCUUGGCUACCCUCCCCAUUGCUAA